GCCCUGGACCCAGAAGACGGCGGCGGCAGCGACGACCUGACGCGCGCCGUGUCCCUGCUGUCGCUCGCGGAGGCGGGGCUCACCCUCACCGCCCCCGCGCCGUGGAUCCGUCCUCCCACGGUCACCAAGGUACCCACCCGCAUUCCCCGCUCAUCACACCUGUUUUGCGCGUGGUUCGACAGACUCCAUUUGCCACUCCGAUUGCUCUCCUUCUGACGAUGAACACACGCGCGGCUGGGAACCACAUGAUGAUGAUCUCGCAAGGGUGAACAAGCGGACGCACGCGAGGUUCCUCGUCACCCACACCCAGGCCGGGCUCAUCAUCGGGGCGGGCGGCUCCACUGUCGAGGCACGCUCCGGGGCCCGGGUCAGGCUCUCCCGCCACGACCAGCUCCUCCCCGGCACCGACCGCAGGGUCAUGCUCGUCUACGGCCUGCUCAGCCAGGUCAUGGAUGCCAUGGAUCAGAUCAGGUGAUUUCAUCCUCUCAAGUUGAUCAUUGGUUCUCGCAGGGUGACCAGGUGUCCGACUCUGAGGCCACAGUAGUGCUGGUGGUGCCUCAGCCCUGCUGCGGCAUGCUCAUCGGCAAAGGAGGAUCUGUUAUCAACCAAAAACUCCAAUGAGAUCACCUGUCAACAAGGAUGCCCAAGAAGAAUCUGUCACGAUUGCUGUUGCUGAUGAGCAUAUGGGUGCUGUUAUUGGUCGCGGUGGAAGGAUUAUAAAUGAGAUCAGCAAGGUAUUCUUAUUCAUCAUCACAAACAGUCAAGCAAAACUUUGUUUUUCUACUUGCGCUGCUCAUUGCCCUCUGCUCUGGUUAAGUGUCUAACAUGAAUGAAGUAUCUGUACAGUGCCCGGAAAUCUUGUUUUUGGACCAACUUGUCUCUCUAGAGGUGUUGCGUACGUCCUAGCUACUAGAUGAGUUGUGUUAAGGAAAGAUGGUUUUGUUUGGGUUACUGUCGUCCUAUAUAUAUGCGGUGCUUAAGUAAAGCAAGUCACUUGCAGCAAGAAGAGGGUAGUAGUAGUGUUCCUUACUCGUGAACACUGUAUAUGGCACCAUGCAUGUGGGUCUUCUAUGUAAGCUUGCACCAAUAUAAUUGGCAGGCAGAAGGUUCUCUAGUUUGUUAGUCAUAUAUAUGAUGGGUGGGGUUUGUUUGGGUCAUCAUGAGAUGUGAGGCCUGUUAAAAGUCGUUGGCAUGUGCACUAGGAAGGAAGGAACAUGCGUGCAUGGUGCAGUAAGUAUUAUUCCUGAAUGGUGGUUUAAUUGGUGCUGAGGUCUUUUAAUUUUUUUUAUUUUUUUGGCUUUCCUCUUCUUAUCAAACCUGUACAUAUGUGCAAGGCAUUGGAUAUUUUGGCUGAUCAUUGAGAUUUUGUUUGGAGUUGAGGUGAGCGGAGCAUGGAUCGACAUCUCAGGCAAGGGGGAGUUCAUACCCGGGACUCGCGACAGGUAGCGUUUUGCUGUGCUCAGGUUCUUUGGGUGUGUGGGGGAAAGGAUGCGUGAGUUUCGUUUGCUGAAGCAGCUGGUCGCCUGUACUGUACCGUAUGUAACCUGAGUCAGGUAAAUGGAUGGACGAUGCUGAUCAAUGCUGCUUGACCAAUUUUGCUUGUUAACAUUAACAUUACAUUGGGAUCUUGCAUGUGUUUGCUGCCUGGACGAUGGAUGGAUGGAUGGAUGAUUUGGGAUUUGGGAUUUUCAACAAAGCCAAGGUGUUUGAUACUAGAAUCUUAUCUCCCCUGAAUGUUGCCUUGCCCUCCUUGAUCUUUUUUUGUUGUUGGUUCGAUUGAAUUUGCAACUUACUUUAGAUGAUUUAUUUUUUCAAAAAAUGGGGGAUUUAAUUUCAUCUUUUGGAAUUCCUAUAUGCACUGCCUUCCCACACCACAAUUUCAUGAUAUCAUGCCCUGUUCUUUCUCUUAUCUUGUUCUGAUUUUCUGUGUUGCAAAAAGGAAAAGGGGCUUAAAUCGCCAAUAUUUUUUGAAUAAACUUAUAAUGCAUGAGAAUAUGAUUUUUUUUUCUGAACAGGGGUGGGAAAUUUAAAAAAAACAAAAUGGUGUGGCAGUAAAUCUCACAAACAAAAAACUAUGAAAUAAAGAAACAACACAAAGGUUUCUAAAAAUUCCAAAGAGGUCCGCAAUUGAGAAAAAUAAAAGCAAUUAGGUCCAAACCGCUCUCGAGUAGAACAAAUUUUGUCAGCGCCCUUGGGUCCAGACUACUCCCUCCGUCCUAUAAUAUAAGAGCGUUUUAGGACGGCGGGAGUACUUCGUAAGACCGCUUGGUCCAGCGAGACCUCCACCGCAACAAGCCAUGUGCUCCACCCUAUAACAACAUUAUGGCCCUUUGGCACUGAUAUGACCGGAAGGAAUAAACUUGGCCACCUUUUGACUAGAAGGAAUGACGGCUCAUCGGAGAAGGCCGACAACCUAUCAGUACCGUAGCCCUUCCAAAUACCCCACCGAUGAAGCUUAGGACCCUCGCUGCAUCAUCUCCUAGUUUUGGCUGGCAUAACACAUGUAUACCGCAGCAAAAGACGAGGAUCCCUUUUUUGGGAUCAGGGAGCAACUCCACCCUCGUCGGAAGCUAGGAUCCAGCAAGGCAAAGCAACGUUAAAACAUGCGGCUGCUGAAUCUUCCCACACGCCCCCUCCACCACCAUCGUGACUAGCAUCGACGUGCGCCAUCACCACUGUGAGCUUGUUCUGGAACUAGCUGCCACCAGAUCCCUCCCCCUCCCCAUGUCUCUACCAUGGCUGAGCACCCAACGGCAUCUCGCCACACAACGUCAUAAAUCCAAAGACCAGCACGUAUGAAGCCGACAAUCAACACUAAGGCCCAAACUAAUUGUACCACACUUACUAUGUGCAAGAACAUCCCGAGCUCCCCUUCCCUCCUCGCUCCAGGCGGCAGUGCCGCCGGAGGAGGGGCAAAGACGAGCCGGGGAGAAGGAGAGAGGGGAGGGGAAUGAGAGCUCAAUGCAAACAUGCAUUUACAACCAGCAAACAACCAGAUCGCCAGGUACGUCUUCCUCCCGGGAAGGCGUAUUUUCUCUUCCCAUUCACACAGACCGCACCCCGCCGCCCGUCCUCUCCGUUCCCCUUUCCCUCGCCGCGCCGGCGCCGGCGAUGAGCUCCCCGGCCGACUCCGGCCACCUCCCAGCCCCCGCUCCUCCACCGCAUCACCCCCUCCCCCCCUCCGCCCCAGCACCACAGCCUCGAGCCCAGCCACUCACCGCGCCUCCCCGCCAAAACCUAAAUACCCAAUCGCCACCCCCGCGCCGCCGCCGCCCCCGCCGCCACCACCGGAACCAAAUGCCUCGGCCGCCUUCUCCGGAAGCUCCCCCGCGCAGACCACCAGCACCGCCGCGUCCGCCCGCCCGGAGGACCACCAAAGCCCGCCCUCCGGCGAUGCCUCCACCAGCGCGGCCAUUGCGGCCGCGGCGGCCUCGGCCCGGCCGGAGGAGUGCACGCCGCGGAUGGACAUGGAGUUCGAGACGGAGCUGCAGGCGUACGACCUCUACCGCCUCUACGCCUUCAAGCUCGGCUUCAACGUCCGCCGCCGCUACACCAACCGCAGCAAGACCUCCGGCGAGGUCACCUCCUGCAAGUUCGCCUGCUCCCGCGAGGGCUUCAAGGACCACAAGCCCGCCGCCGCCAUCGCCGGCACCGCCAGGCUCCCCCGCGCCGCGGCCAGGCUCUCCCGCGCCGCCGCCGCCGCCAUCCCCGCGCCGGACGGCAGGACCGGCUGCAACGCGCACCUCACCCUCCGCCGCACCAAGCCCGGCGGCAGGUUCCAGGUCUCCGGCUUCCAGCCGCGCCACAACCACCCGCUCUUCGCAGCUCCCCGCGGCCCGCCCAGCCCCUUCCAAUCGCCGCCCAAUGCCGCUCCGCCACCGGAUUUCAUUGACGACGAUGCCAGUGCCACAGCCAGGGCGGCAUGGGCCGAGGGAGAAGGCCCCCUGCGCACCAGGCGGCAGUGGGAGAUCAAGUACGGGGAGGCCGCCGCCCUGCUGAACCACCUCCAGCGGCAGUCGCUGGCCGACCCGGCGUUCCACCACGCCGUGCAGCUCGACGUCGAGGACAAGGUGGCGAAUGUCUUCUGGGUCGACGCCAAGAUGGUUGCCGACUACGCCCACUUCGGCGACGCCGUCGCCUUCGACGUCGUGUCCAGGAACAGCAUCAGCCUCCGCCACCUCGCCUCGUUCGUCGGCUGCAACAGCUUCGGCGAGCCUGUCGUCUUCGGGCUGGCACUCAUGUACGACGAGACCUGCGAGUCGUUCCGGUGGCUGUUCCAGACGUUCCUGCACGCCAUGUCUGGGCGAGCACCCAAGACUUUCAUUUCGCAUCAGGACACGGUGAUAGCAGAGGCCCUGUCCUUGGCGAUGCCUGGCACGACGACGGCUCAUGCCAUAUGCGCGUGGCACAUAAAGCAUGUUGCAAAGGGGAACAUACGUCAGCUUUCUAAAGGCGAUGCCAAUUUCAUCGAGGAGUUCAAGGCGUGCGUCGACGGAGAGUAUGACGAGGAGGCGGGAUUUCUCGCUGCGUGGGAUGCUAUGGUCAGCAAGUACGAGCUUCGUGACAACGCGUGGCUGCAGAGGUUGUUCGAGAAGAAACACAAGUGGGCUAGGCCCUACGCGAAAGGGAUCUUCUCGGCCGGGAUGGAAGGCACACGGUUGAACGAGCGCCUGAAUUCCGAGGUGCGCGGUCAUCUGAGAGCAGAGGUGGACAUUGUUCUGUUUUUGAGGCAUCUUCAGAAAGUGAUCAGCGAUAGGCGGCACAGAGAGUUGGAGAUGGAAUACGGUUCAAGGCUGAUGAUGCCCUACCUCAAAAUCAGAGCCCCCGUUCUGACACAGGCUUCCGAUGUCUAUACCAGCGUGAUCUUUCAGCUUUUCCAGGAAGAAUAUGAGGAGUUCCAGUCAGCUUACAUCGUGAGCCGCGAUGAAAGCAGCCCGUGUCGUGAGUAUGUCGUCUCGCUUGUGGAGAAGGAGGACCGGCGAUACACGGUUUAUGGGAACCCUAUGGAGCAGACUGUCACAUGCUCGUGCGGGAAGUUUGAGACGGUUGGCUUCCUGUGCAGCCAUGCUCUCAAGAUUCUAGAUGUCAUGGACAUAAAGUAUAUACCAGAUAGAUACAUUAUGAAGCGCUGGACCAAAUAUGCAAGGCGCUUGACCUCACCGGAGGUUCUGGGGCAAGCCGUUCAAGCAGAGGAAUCAUUGGAGAUUUCUAAUCGCUACCAGCACCUGUGCCCCAAGUAUGUUAGGCUUGUUGCCCGGGCAUCGGAAUGUGAGGAGUCCAGCAGAGUACUAGACCAAUUUUGGGGAGAACUUGGCGACAAGGUUGAGCAAAUCCUGCAGAAACAAACCAGCAUUAGCAGCGCACCUGUCACACUACAGCCUGAUGUUCAGAAUCUUAAGAUGGCCUUGUCUUCUAUCACGGAUGGCACUGAAUCAGAAAAUGUUGUGGACAUUUCAAGCAGGGCAGCAGCAAAAACAGUAGUAAAGAAGAAAGGCCAGAAAAGUAAAAACCAUCCAAGAAAUUGCGUUGAAAAGGGUCUGACAAAGAAGCAGAAAGUGCACUCUGAGGAACCUGCAGUAGUGCAGUAUGGUUUGGCAGAUGGUUCUGCCCAGUCUGGAAAUGCUAUGUUUCAGGGCUUGGAGGCUGCUCCUAACUUGUCCAAAAUGGGUAGCCAAACUCCAACCUAUAUACCUUACAUGGGGACUGACUUUUUAAAUCCCAUGGCCAUGGGGACACUCAACUAUGAAGAGAUGCACCGUGGCGCAAGUCUGGGGCUCACUCUGUUACCUUCUCAGGACCCAGGCUUUGUCGCCUGUCACACUUCUCAGGCGUCAAGUGACAGCCAGGCCUUGUAGAAAUCAAUGUCUACUUGAAGGCUCUCUCUUUGGAGCACAAUCAAAUGAGAGGCUUCUUAUGAUGUCCACGCAAAAAAAAAAGGCUUCUUAUGAUGUCCACAACUGUAUAUGGAAAUGAGAAGCUGCACAGGUGGACUUGUACCAAACUGGUUAGUGGUGUGUGGAUUAAGAUUUCAGCCAGGGGUGUCUUUGACUUAAUAGCUGGGGCAUGCGACAGAAUUGGUCACAGGAAAAUAUGAUCGCCUGGACAUUAGAAGCAAUUCGUGAUGCAGAAAUUAGAGGAUUGCAGCCGGCUGCGAUGGUGGAUAAAGUUUUCUGAAUGGAAGAGCAAAGUGAAUUCCAACUCUUUUGAAGCAAAAUGGAUUUAGUUGGAUGAAGAUUGGAGAUGGCGUGUAACCUACUUACACAUGGAUGGUAUGCUCGUCAUCUUGCAUGCAUCUUGUAUGCGGUAUAGCUCUCUGGUGUUUGUAUGUAGUGGUACUAGUAUGCAAUGCAUGAUAGAAAAGUAGAAAUCAGAAUUCAAACUGAGUAAGCUUUAUUCCAUCUUAUCAAUACAGUAUGAGUAUGGUGGCAACAAAUAUUAACAUGCAUGCAUGUAAAGGAUGGUUGAUCUGAUCUACACAACACAGGCGUAGUCACCAUUUUUA